CACGGCUCACGCAUCCGUAUCCGAAUGGAAUCGUUCCAACAGCGGUGCUGCACGUACGGAAGUCGGAACAAGAAAAUCGAAUCGACGUGCAGUAAAGUGAAGGUGAAAUUGAGUUUUAAAUAUUUAUUCGUGAUAUGAAGUGAAGAGACGAGGCUACCGCGCUUCGGAUGAGAUUUUUGGCUCUUAGGCUGGCCAUCAAGCGCUUGAUAGCUCAAAUAGCCUCGGAUAUAUUUCUUACAAAACGUCAAAUCGGUGCUACUACCAGCAUCGGAAACAUCAGCCUCGCCGGGACAUUAAACUUAUUAUUUCUCACAUAAAGCAUGUGCACUUUGAUGAAAAUUCUUCGAUUCUCCCGACCAAAUAAUUUCGCGAACUAUUUGGAACUAUCGUGAUACGCAUGUUCUCGUGCUUCUGGAUGUCAUGUCAGAAAUUCAAAUUACGCUUCGUUCCAACCUAAAGGAGAGUCCUCCUGGAAAAUAAUUUUCAUCAUCAAGCAGUUUACUCAACAGAAUGGAAUACUCAGAAUUUAUAAAUCGAGUAAUGAAAACCAAAGGGCAUCCAUUCGUCACACACGCUUGGCACUUUCAAUUUGUAUUUCAGGCAAUGAUCUGGAACAUUUAGAAGAGGUUUCAGCUUUUGUAAGUCUUCCACUUGCAUUAGCUCCAAAAUAAUCAAGAUGGAUUCACCACCUUCCUGUUCUCUAAGCAUGACCGGUCCUCUCAGCGACAUAGGCAGCAGUGGACUAGGAGGCUCCAUAUCUAGUGAUUCCGUAAGAGCGCAUUUAGCUAUCGAGAUGCAAGAAAGCGACAUGGAAAGUAAGUCCCUAUCCCAGGACUCGUUCGAUUACUCUGAUGGGAUGUGCGGCGAGAAUUUUAAUACGUUAAAAAAAGGUCCCGGCUGGAAUGACCUGGACGGGAAGCUAGAAGUGGAACUGGAAGUGGUGGACGUGGCGAUUAAGCCUCCACCAGAGUUUCAAGACAGUCCUUCACCUCCUAAUUCAACAUCCAUAGGACCAAUUCUCUGUUACAAGCACUUACUGUGCGACAAGACGGAUCAAUGGAUGGAAGACUUUACGGAGAAUUUAGUAAGACUCAUCCUCGAGGAGGCUUUGACAAUAUCUUGUAGAAUAUCCUGGCCUGAAGGUAGAAUUUCUGCCGUGUCGAAUACCCUUCACGAGAUGACGUGCAACUUACGAACCUCGAGACGUGCAUGGACGACAGAUUACUUAGCAUCCUCUGCUUCCUGCCAAGGCGGCGCCACUAUCACCAUAACUCCUUUCAGUACUCUUCAUCGGCCGAAUUCCCGCAGUUCCUUGGCCUCUUCUCGUUUAAGUAGCUCUCAUAAUUCGAUAAAUACUUCAGGGUUGGGUCACAAGGUGGACGAUAGCAGUUUCAUCACAUCUGCGAUGUCACAUGAUGUAUUGACAACGAGUGAAAUUAGCGACAUGUACAAUGUUCCCUUCGACUCUGACAUAUACACGGUGCCAAUUGACGUGGUGAGACCAUUGCAUGAACUGAGAACUCCUCAGCGACCUAAGCGACACAAACAUCAUCGCAAGCGACGGAGAAAUGUCUCGGCGAGUUCUCAAAGUGAGUUGGAGGCCCAUAUACAGCAAGCGAGACAUUACUGCGGGAAACCAAGGGCUAUUACUCAUGUUAUCAAAUCACAGAGACUGCUAGCUGAGGUAUGUUGCAACGAAGGAGGAAACGGAAAGCGUCAUAGUGUCCCCGGAACUUCCGGUCGACACACUUCGCGUUCUUCAAACAACAGCCACGCGCGCAAUAUCGGAGAACCAAUACACAUGACUUUGCACGAAGUUCGUCAAUAUUUACAGACAUUAUACUCGAGUUCUAGUGAUUCUAGUGAAAAUAAAAUCAAGCGCGACAAGAUCUCGUCGGGUCAGUCUUCGAUACAUCUCGCUAUGCCCAAAGUUCUUAAUAUUAAUAAUAAUAGAUAUAGUAAUCCCCUUAACGACUCUUCGACGGAUACACCGAUCUCGAAUAAAAAUAGUAAUGGAUUAAUCCACAGUAACAAUAACAACGGAAACAUCAAAAAGCACAAAAAAGUAACCCUGGCUAACAUCAGACACAAAAAGACGAAGGAGGAAUCUCACAAGGAAAAGGCAGAAACUGACAGAGAGAAAAUCAAGAAGAGUCAGCGUAAUUUUUCCCUAAAUCUCAAACAGACUCUUUGUAAUAUUUUUAGGUUCAGGCGACUCGGAUCGCCGGAACACUAUGUAGGGAAAAGAAAUAGCAUUGUGCAGGGUGAUAUUGCCGAGGAGGAUGAAGGAGUCGAAUUUGAUCAGCAUGCUAAUAAUAACAAUACUACCAUGGAAGGCGACCCAUCCACUCAGAAAUUGCCUUUCUUUAAACGCGCUUUACCACCUUUGCCAAAGACAAACGCUCCAAUCGAAGCUGAACAUGUCACGGAUACACCUGCGGCUAUGUUGUCCAAGUGUGAAUCUCCAUCUUCCAUUCAGCACUUGCCAAUUCCUCAUCCACGAGAAGAAGAAGAGCCGGUCGAAGAUACCAGUAUGGACUUUGCUGCCAGCAUAGAGAAAGUUAAGGAUUACGGAUGGUACUGGGGUCCUAUAAGUGGAGAAGCUGCGGAGAAGAUACUGUCCAACGAACCAGAUGGAUCCUUCAUUGUGAGAGAUAGCAGCGAUGACCACUAUAUCUUCUCUCUAUCAUUUAGACUGAAUAGCUGUGUGAGACACGUAAGGAUAGAACAUGAUCAGGGUAAUUUUAGUUUCGGAAGCUGUACAAAGUUCAAGUCACAUACGAUCGUAGAUUUCAUAGAGAACGCGGUGGAACAUUCUCGAAGUGGUCGCUAUCUGUUUUUUCUUCAUCGUCGCCCCGUUUUGGGUCCGAUGAGAGUGCAGUUGCUUCAUCCAGUGUCCAGAUUCAAACAAGUUCAGAGUUUGCAACACACGUGUAGAUUCGUUAUCCUGAAGCUGGUUCGUAAAGAUCUCAUCCCGACUCUACCUCUUCCUCGACGCCUCAUCGAUUAUCUGAACACACCUCAUUACUACAGCGAACAAUUGGCUGAACAGGAUGAGCGUGUCGAGUCCCCAGUUAGUUCGUCGACUGGUGAAUUAGAGAAGAUUUGUUUCACACCUCAAGGCCUAUCGUGAGGUAUAAAUACGUAACUCUACUACCAAUCGCAACGUGUAGUAUAUAAAAAACGAACGGUUCUACUGAUAAUACUAAGUAUUCAAUCUACGAGACCUUCUGUGAGAAACAGAAGCGUUCGACGAGGCACAACUCUUUCGCGAUACGACGCUUGAAAUUUGAUUUCAAUUUGGGUGUGGCACUCAAACGUCGCAAGGUAUCGUUUGUUCGAGGUUGGCCUCUUGACUGAAAAUCGAUUGUGAAUGGUAAUUUGCAUUAUUAUUGAUAAGUUAAGAGUCGCGAGAGACAUCACUUUGGGAGCAUUCAGAUACUGCGUAACAUUUAAAAAUAUCGAGGGAAGGUUCGUGAUAUGUUAUUUUCUGUUAAGUUAAGGGUGGAGCUGCUGGAUUUUUCGCGCUAUAAGACAUUUUCAAAAAUGUUAACACUUCAAAGGAGUCCCUCUACAACCGCAUCUAACAGCUUGGAAAACUCUUUGAAAACCCUAUCUCCCUUUGUUUUGAAAUACGAUGAAUUCCGGGAAGGUCCUGAAUUGAGUUGAAAUACCUGAUUUAGGAAUGGAAAGAGUGGUUUUUAAUUCAUUUAUUUAAUUCAUCUUCAUUUAGUAAGUAAAAAAGGGAGGUUUUAAAUUGUUAAAUUCUUGGAAUGUCGUAAUUUAAAUCAAUGCUUGAGCCCUUUCCAAGCGGGAAAUAAUUAGUCGAAAAAGAUGUUACGUAAUAAAUGGAGGCUGCCUAAUGAGUUAGAAUUAAAAAAAAGUAUAUCGUCGCACAUAGGAUCAAGGAACACGGAUGCAAGAACGACUUGAGUUAAUUUGAGUACGUUUUUCCACCUUUGAUCAGCAUUCGUGUUCCAACUGCUUCAUCUGACAUUUAAUUAUAAGUUUCAUAUGAAAUUACAUUAUUUAUUUAAUUACAUUGGUGCAAUAUCGUAGGUGUUAACACGCGAAGUCGCUCUUGCAACGAACGGUCAGAACAUUUCUAAGCUCCGAGAAGAAGCUGUUCGAUUUUGUUUUCUGCGGAAAGCACGUUGUUUUUUAAUCUAUUACCAAACUCGUCAAGCCUCUCUAAACAGUUCCAUAUUUCAUGAGUGUAAAACUUGUUUAUUGAAUUGUAUAUUGCUUCGGUUCUCUCGAGUCCCUUUUUGAUAGUUGUGUACGAGGCAAAAACAAACUACUGCGUUUACGUUAUUUGGUUUUGUGUUAUUACUUUAAUUGACCACCUUCCUGACCUUCGUAUACGCUACUUUAGGAUGUAAGAUAUAUCGAUAAUAAUAAUUUUAAUAAACGAUAAAAGUAGCAUUCAUAGAAAGUACGCUGCAACAACUGUUAUGAAAAGUUUUUCCAGCAUGCCGAUUACUCGUGACUACGGACAUAUAUAAAUCCGUCAUUAGAUGAACGUCAUAAAUUACAUAAGGAUUAUACACAUUUUAUACUCAUUCCUUUUUGGAACAUGUAUACGGUUAUUUGUAUAUACCUUUAGCUUAAAGACCUGAUUUCCCAUUUUUCCAAUAUUCUCCAAAUAACGCCACUAUCAUUAUGAAUUCGAAGGACACACACAAACAAGUGAUAUGCAAAAACGACUUACGCGGGCAUUGUGAUUUUAUUUAAUAAAUAAAAUUCCGUCUAUAUAUUUAA